AUGUCAUAGGAUAUAUGUCUGGCUGCCAAAACACCCUAAUUGGUUGUAAGAAGCUUAAAUUGGCUACAUUAAACAAUCUUCCAAAUGCUAUAAAAUAAGCCACCAAGAAAAAGAAAUUGUUCAUAUGCCCAUCGCCUUUGUAUGUCCCCAAGUCCUUGCCCAAAACCAGCUUUCAAGCGAUCUUGGACUUGACCAUUUUGAUAGUCUUCUACAUGUACUUGUAUUUCCUUUGACAAUGGAUUGGUCUCCAGAAGAUGCCAUGAAAGCUUACCUACACACCAUUCAGCUGUGUAAGAUCCACGACUGUACCCUUGGACUUGGAACCAGUACAAGAUUGAUUGAACCCAAAUAUGUGGAGCUUAUAUCAGCUUUGGCAGCUGGAAAGCGGGCCAAACUAAUGGUGGAAAUCACCUCAAAUGGCAUAUCUCCCUUAACACUAGCACUAGCUGUUGCUGCCAAACAAACGAGUGGGCGACUUGUUUGUAUUAUUCAUGAAGAUCAUGAUAUCGAGAAAAGCAAGGCUCGGCUUACAGAGAAUGAUCUUGAAGACACGAUCGACUUUGUGUAUGGGAGUCCUUGUGAAGUGAUAAACAGAUACAAGAGCAUUGAUUUUGCAGUUAUCGACUGCAAACUUGAAGAUCACAUCAAGUUAUUCAAGACUAUAAACCUUAAUCCAAGUGGGUCGAUAGUGGCAGUAAGCAAUCUACAACAUAGAAGAGAUGGAAUAAUAUCAUUUGCUGAAGUUCUGAAGGGGAGGAAUAUCGGUGUAAAAUCUGUUACUCUUCCUAUAGGAGAAGGAAUGGAGUUGACAAGAAUCGGGUCAACCGGUAAACGCGAAACUGGGAGAUCAUACAAAAGAUUUCAUGUAAUAUUUGAGAAUUGAAAGAAAUCUCACGACGACAGAUUUGCAAGAUAUAUCAGGUGGCAAAGAAAUUCGAGCGUCGAGGUUUGGAGAUUUGGUAGUCACGUCACGUGUUGCCGGGUGAGAAGAUGGCGUAGGAGAUUCCUCCUCCACUUGGGUCCUAACUCCUACACUCCACUACUGAUAGGGCAGAGGAGGAGGAGCGAGUAGUUUGACGAGAAGGCGAAUGACCUGGCUGCCUGAACGGUUAGUUGCAUAUCCAGUUACAAACUUGGCGAGAAGAUGCCAUGGGAGCCUCCAGUGGUCCGAGGUUUUCUGGAAUGCAGAAACAAGUACUCAGUCUAUACAGAGGGUUUUUGCGAGCUGCUCGGUCAAAAUCUGCCGAAGAUGGACAAAAGAUUGAAUCCAUUGUGUCAGCUGAGUUCCGUCAUAAUUCCAAGCAAAUAGAUCGCAAAAACUUCCUCUACAUCGAGUACUUACUUCGCCGAGGUAAGAAACAGCUUGAUCAGCUCAAAAGUCCUGAUACUAUUGGGUUGUCAUCUUUGAACAUCAGUGUCUCUGAAACCAAAUCUCCUGAGCCUUGAACGAACACAAUUUUAUUUUUUAUUUUCAAUUUCUAUCAUAAUACCUUCAAGGGCAA